GUUUGGGUGACAUCAGCAGAGCUGGGACGGGCACUCCACUGCUCACAUUUCAUUCCACCAACUACAGCGCAGUUUCAAGCCGCUUCCAGGACCUCUUGCACAGCAAUGCAGCAGGCGGCUGAAGCUGGCGGCUUUGGUGACUAAGGAGGCCAAACGUUCCUCUUGGCCGCCUGGCCGGGAUUUAUUUUUUCCACGAACAUGGAAGAGGGUCUGAGCUCCCUUAAGCAGUUCGCCCUCCCUGUCGGCAAGCUGGCUUCUUGGAUUGCAGCGGUGGCAAUGAUGUUUGGUGGUGUAGUGCCCUACAUUCCUCAAUACAGGGAUAUCAAGCGCACACAGAAUGCAGAGGGGUUCUCCAUCUACGUUUGCUUGGUGUUGCUUGUGGCCAAUAUAUUGAGGAUAUUAUUUUGGUUUGGAAGGUACUUUGAACCACCCCUUUUAUUACAAAGUAUAAUCAUGAUCAUUACCAUGCUGGUGAUGUUGAAGUUAUGUACUGCUGUUCGUGUAGCCAGUGAACUCACAACACGACGCCGUGCCUUUACAGACAAUAAAGAUGAAGAAGUCAAAACUCCUAGGAAGUUCUUUCUGGAUUUUGACUUGCAGUACUUCUGGUUGUGGAGCAGAUUUAUUGAUUACAUACAAUGUGUCUUGGCUUUCACUGUUGUUGCUGCAUACAUUACCUACCUCCUUAUUGAUUCUUCACUCUUCGUGGAAACACUUGGCUUCUUCGCUGUCUUUACCGAGGCAAUGCUUGGCACACCACAACUGUAUCGCAACUACGAGAACAAAUCAACAGAAGGAAUGAGUAUUACUAUGGUGCUGAUGUGGGCAAGUGGUGACACUUUCAAGACUGCUUACUUCAUCCUGAACCAAGCUCCUUUCCAGUUUUGGAUAUGUGGAUUGCUGCAAGUGUGUGUUGAUAUCACAAUUCUCUUUCAAGCUUACUAUUAUGAUCGUUACCCUCAAAAACCGUCUUCCCACACUGUUCCUUCCACGAGCACCAAGGCACUUUAACUAUGGCUGUAUUCAACAAGUGCACCAAAUGACGAAUUCCUGGAAAGAAGAUGAAGCCAUGUUCUUGAACCAUAGCCAAUAACUUUCAUCUUGGUUCACCGCAAGCUGGAAAGAUUUCAAAGUCGCUUUCUGGUAAAGGGGUUUGAAACAUUUGAACUUUUGGUGGAAUGUUUAUGGUAAUUUAUAUAUUUUUCUAUUUGCAUAACUCAGACCAAUGUUUUUGGACAAGUUUACAUAAAUGCCUUACAUGUUACUGUUUCUAGACUGUUUUUCUUCCUAAUGUUUAUUCCUUUUUUUAAUGCCACCUGCUGUAUCAUUCUAAUGUAGUUUUGUUUCAUGGCAGUAUUAAGAGUUUGAAGUUAAAUUGUUGUGGUAUAUCCAAGGAGAAUAAUGUCUUCAAGAACCAUUUCAAAAAUUGCCAAAAUUUCUAAUGGAAUUUACAUAACUUUGAAAAAGCUUUAUUCCACACAAAGAAGGCAAUGAUGUAACACUCAGACUUGAGUGCUCACAUAACUUGAGUUAAUAAUGUCAUCACCUUUCAUUUACAAUAAAUUCACAAAGUUAUUUGUGAACCUGCAACAACUGAGUGGAGAAGGUCUGGGAAUUGGGGAACGACUAUUUAAUUUGACUUUGCGUUGCUCUGUAGUGAUGAUACACACUGGGCUUCGGUGUAGUGUUUUGUAUUCCGAUGGAGAAGAGUGGUGAGAUCUAAACUUGCGAGGCUCCUGUUGACAACUGUGCUGAAACCAGAUGCUUCUCCACAAGAAGAAAGCAUCAGAGGCUGGAGGAAUUUCCACAAUCCCUUCAGAACAAGCAGCUUCAGAGUAAUAUCAAUACGAGUUUCAGGGCAGGUUAUAUCUGUUCAGUUUUGAAUGACAUGAAGAGAAGAUUUUAUUUUUAAAUGACAUAAGAUUAUCCUUAGCAAGAAAAUAAGUUAUGGUCCAUUGCAAAGUAAAGUGAGAUCUGACUUUUAGUGCGAAAGUGCAUGCUGAAAAUACACAAUGAUGCUGACACGUUUUUAUUUGUUCCUUCAUGGUUUUUAUUUUAUUACUCAGUAAUUUAGUAAAAUGAUGGCCGCACCAUUGUUAAUCACAGGUUACAGAGUUCACAUUUUGCUUGCACAGCAUUCCUGGCCCACUCCCAACCAUUUGAAUUAGUCUGAUUAAAAUUGCCCACGUUUAAUAUCCAGUUAUCAUGCUUAUAUAAUCAGCAUUGUUUCAAGAAAAGAUUUAUACAAUAGGUAACAAAUUAAAAGACACAUCUGAUUUAAUUCUUGCUCAUCUGUGGAUCACUGAGUGAUGAGUUCCUACUUCCUACAAGUCAACUGAGUCAGUAAUAAAAUGGGCACGCAUUUAAAACAAACACUCAAAAAUUGCUUUGAUACCCUCAGCAACUACGCCGGGAGGACUGGGAGACAGGGAAAGCCUGUUUAAUUUGAUUAUGGUUGGUCUAUAUGGGAUGAUGCUCAUUGGAGCUGCAUGGAGUAGAAGAGUUUUUACCAACCUGAAUUUAUUUUAAUAGUCUGAUCUAUUAGCUAGCAUAAAAUUCAGUGCUGUUAAUCCAGAUCAUGUUGAAUUGCUUUCCUUUUGUCUUUAAAAGCAGUGCUUUUUAUCUGUGCCCAGUCAAUCCAUCUCUAAACCUGCUUACGUUGUCAAACCCAAGUAAGUGACAAGUCCUUGCCCUAUGUUUUGGACUAUAACCAAGCUCCUUUAGUUCACUGGUUUUACAUAUAAAUUGUUGAUGUGAUGUGACUUCUGAUCAUUGUACAAUUGUAUUUAUCUGAACCUUUUUUGUUUACAUGUAUAUUGUUAAGUUGGCUGUUCAUUUCACAUUUGUAGGCAGUCAGCAAUCUGAAACUAUAUUUAUCACUGAAGUCAAUGGAGCAGCAUCAUAACUAACUUACAGUGGCUGGGAGAAAUUUGAUUGAAAUCUAUAAAUAAUAAGUUUAAUAUAGCUACAAUGGAAUAUUAAGGCAACCAUUAGGUUGGUGAUGAGACUUUGGCUCCAAAGAAGUAUACCUAGUGAGGUAAAUAGAUCUACCAAGUUUACAACUAUAAUUCUCCCUAUUUGCUCAGGAGUUAUUAGUUGAUCGCUGUGAAAUAUUUUUGUCAUUGAGUGAUAACUGUUUGACUGCAAAUUUGAUCUUUCUGAUCCACAGCUGAUUGCUAUAUUUUGUUUUGGGCCUAAGUGACCUUAAAGUUAAGUCUAUGGUAUUUAAAUGUGAGCCAUUAUCUGACAUGUUUUUAUAUUCAGCAAAAUAUCUGUAUAGGGAGUUGCUGAAUGCUGAUCUUUUAACUUUGAUUAUCAAGCAAGCUCAAUUUUCUUAAAUAGUUUGUAAGAAUAUACUAUUCAAAGUCAAGAAUUAUGAAUUAUUACACACUAAUUGACUGAAAUAUAAAGCUCUAGGAAUAAACUAGCUAUCACUUCCACUCUGGUGAGUGAGUCUGUCAUUUGGUGAUUUGGUCAAACCUUGUGUAUCUUACUAAUCCAAACCCUGCAACACAUCUUCAUUUUAAAACUGAAUUGAGCCUAUUCAAGUGUGUUUUGCACAGGCUGUGGGCUAUUUGUACUAUGGCAUUAGAAGGCAGCGAUAAGUUAUGUUAUCUGCUGUGCUCAACUUACAAGCUAAAAUUAGAGAAUCCCAUUGUGCUGGCUUAUCAAUCCAUGGGUGUGUAAUGUUUGGUUCUAUAAUGUUUGUAUAAUUUUGUUUUGCCCAUUUGGUGUUCAGUAAAUUGGCUUCAGAAGCAUAUGCUAUGGGAAUAUAUUGGUUACGGUGGAAUUUCAUACUUCACAGCUUGUCUUGCAACUGUUGGCAGUGUUUUAUUUCAACGAUUACUUGGGUUAUGUAGGAAAUGUUUGUUUACAAUUUUUUAAUUCAGAUUUACAUUUGUGAACACUUAUUUAAAAGUAUUGAAGAUUACUGUUAAUUUGUAUUCUUCUGUCAACUCUACCAAAAAAACUAACAAGACUCAAUUGCCAAAAGAAGGCAGGUGAGCGCACUUAACCAGCAAAAGGAAUGUUUUACAAUCCUAUAUCCAGCCUUCCCUCAGACUUUUAAGUAUGCGCUGCCAUUCAGCAUCAUGGUUGGAGGCAAAAUACGAGAGUCAAUAGAAGUCUGCACAAGAAUACAUGUGUUAAAUAUGUAAAGACAUACACUGGUCUGUCAUGUGCAUCUGUAUAUUAAACUGAAACCUAAAGAAGAAUAAACAUUUGGAACUGUG